UGUUAAAUUUCUUACAGCCUAGUGGGGUGGAAUAUUUUUGUAGCUUUCAAAAGUUUGCAAUAAUGCAUUUGUUUUGGUAAUGUCUCUGUUAGGGUGAUUCUUAUUGUAAUCAUUUUAUAAUUAUCUGUCAUGAUAGAGGUUUUACAAAGAUGAUUCUUAUUGUACACAUGGAAACAAUGAUGAUGUUUCCCUUAGGCUGCCCAUGAACAAUGAUGUUUUUGUUGUUUCAAUACUUGGCUGAUUUGGAAUCACUAAAUUUGGGAUCAUUUGGAGUUGGUUACUGAAUUUGAGGAUAUUUAGAGGAUGCCAGACAUGAACGAAAAUAGAGUGAAGGCUCUUCUAGAACAGCGAGAUGCUGAACAAAAAAUUAUUAGUAGUAAAGACUAUACUGGUGCCAGGUUUAACUUACUCAAGGCACAACGGCUUUUUCCAGCAGUUGAUAACAUUAGCUCAAUGAUGACUGUCUGUGACAUGCUAUCUGCUUCCAAUAUAACGGUUCCUGGUUAUGGAAUUGAUUACUACUGGGUUCUUCAGCUUAAACCUUAUUCUACAAUGGAUGCUGUUAAAUCUCGUUGCCAAUGGCUCCUCACAUUGCUGCAACCAAUCAAGAAAACAUUUCCUGGCACUGAAUUGGCUCUGAAACUUGUAGCAGAUGCAUUCUCCAUUCUAUCUGACCACGAGAAACGUUCUGCAUAUGAUUUGACAAGAAAAGCUUUUUGGGGGGAUAAUCAAUCUUUUAAUAAAAGAGAAUUAUCCUGUCAAAAUAUUGCAAGUACGGAAGCAAUGAGCAAUGCUCAAAACUCUUCUGUGUGUCAGAGUGGUUUUUCAGGCCAAAGUUUGGGUGGCAGCUGUAGAAAAACUAUGAUAUUUUCAGAAGACAUUGGAACUUUGGGAUUCAAACUUCAAAAUUCUCUUGAUGUUGAGCAGCAACAUGAUAGAAUUAUUUGUCAACAAUCAUCCAGUAAGGUUCCUGAGGAUUUGAAUUCUAGAGGGAACAUUAGAGGGGACACAGAUUUGUCUAUAGACGAUAUAAAUUUGUCAACAUCACAGCCCAUCAGUUUGGAGGAGAAUUUUUCUUGUUUUUCAAAACCUUUGGCACAGAAAAGGCCUUGUCAGGACUACUAUACCUUUGAGAAUGACAGAAAACCUGAGCAUUUCAAGGUAGGUCAGAUCUGGGGUGCUCAAUAUAGAGCAAAUCUACCUCAUAGUUUUCGGUAUGCUCGAGUUGCUUGCAAAUUAGCACGAUCAGUUCUUGUUACAUGGUUAAAGCCAAUCCCUAUUAGUGUUGGUGAGAGAAGAUGGUGUGAUGCUGGCUUACCUGUUGCUUGUGGGUCAUUUGAUUUGAAUCCAGAGAUGAAUGAUGGAGAGAGCUGGCCAGUGGUCUCAUCCUACAAAUGCUCAUGGAUUCAUGGCGUCACGGAUGAACAAUUUGAUAUUUACCCCAAAAGAGGUGAGAUUUGGGCACUGUAUAAGGAUUGGAACCUUCAUGAAUGGGCCCAUGAUCUUAGUUUUGUAAAAGGAUGUAAAUUUGAGUUAGUUGAAAUUCUCUCAGAUUUUUCAAAAUAUUUAGGUGCAGAUGGUGCAUGUUUGGUGAAAGUAGAUGGUUUCAGAAGCAUCUUUGAGAGACAAAAAAUUGGAGGGAGUCCUGUCACUUUCCAUAUCUCCCCGGAUAAUCUGUAUAUAUUCUCUCAUAAUAUCCCGGCAUAUAGGUUUAAGGGUGGAGAAAUUGAUAAAGUUGUUGAUGGGAUGUUUGAGCUUGAUCAGCUGGCCUUGCCUGAUAGUAUGUUUCAGGAGAUUAUUGACUCCCAAAAGGCACCAAAGAAUGGGAAUGCUAGUAGUUUUCCUAGCUCUAUUCCAUUGGGAGGACUUCCUUCCCCAAAAUCAUCUCCACAAGACAAACUUUUGAAGCCUAGUUGGUCAUUAAAUGAUUUUGCCACAGGUCAGGUAUGGGCUGUGAACAGUGGAAAAGAUUUUUUGCCACGGCAGUACACCAGAAUAGAUGAUAUAAUUUCUGAGAGCCAAGUAUGUGUGACUUUCCUAGAACCUCUCCCCAUUCUUGACCAUGAGAUUGACUGGAAGAAAGAAAACCUACCCAUAGUUUGUGGGAAAUUUAAGGUUAGUGGAGCUAGUGUCAACCUUGAAAUGUCACAGUUCUCCUACAAUGUUAACUGCCAAAAAAGUACUGUUGAGCCAAUCUACGAAAUUUACCCGCUAAAAGGUGAGAUUUGGGCCAUGUACAAGAACUGGAAUUGCAAAUGGAAGCGUUCUGAUUAUGAAAAUUACCAAUGUCAGGUUGUCGAAAUUCUGUCAGACUUACACGAAAGGGAUGAGAUAACAAUUGCCAGGCUGGAGGAGGUGAAGGGUUGCCUGACUUUCUUCUAUAGGCUACAAAUUGAUGGGUUUGAUGUCACUCAUCCAGUUUCCCAAUCAAAGAUGCUUGGUUUCUCUCACCGAAUUCUUGCUUUUAGAGUUCCUGGAAUUGGGAAAUAUGACAUUCCAGAAAGCUCUUGGCACUUGGAACCAAAUGCUUUACCUCCCAAACGAAGAAUAUGAUAUCAAGAGAAACCUAAUGGUGUUGCACCAUAUAAUACUGAACAUGAUUUCUAAACAUGUGUGCAUUCUCUACCUCUUGUGUUCAGUUCAGUAUAGUCUCUGUUGAUAAAGGAUUAAACUAGAAACAGUGUCACUCAUUAAAGAAUGUGGUACGUAUUUUUAUUUUGAAAAAGGUUAUUCUAGGUGGGCAGAUUUCCCUGUGAUGUAUAGAACUAUGAAUUCUAAACCAACACAAAUGUCAGGACAACAUGAAUGCCAAAGAGAUGUGUUUCAAGGCUUUGCUUAUGCAUUCAACCUAUGAAUAAUUAUUAAUUUCUAUUACAACCAAA